UUAUUUUUCCACAUUGGAAUGAUAAUUAACACUCCGGGCUGGUGGAUACACUUUUUUGCUUUGUUCACUUUGCGCUGGCUGUUUUAAUGAAUUGGCGGGUUUUGGCCAGUUUAUGGAUUGGAAAUAGGCAAGCCAAUCUGGCAACCCUGUCAGCAGCCAGCAAUGUGCCAGCUGAAGUCCUGUGAAUAAACACACGCACUCCGGAGGGUGCAGGAACAUUUAGCACAGUCCUGUGAAUGUCAUUUUACUGACGAGGACGAUUUGCGGGAUGGACGAGCGGUGAAUAUCGUCAUUUCCUUACGGGCUGAAGAGGAUGGGAGCAGUAGCCAGGCACUGGAGAUGUCAUUCGGUCGGCUCCUGCGGCGUGCUUCAUCCAAAGCCUCUGACCUCUUGACCUUCAAUGCGGGCUCGGCGGGGUCACGGUCCGUGCAGGACGGGGAGAUCAUAUUCUCCAAGAACAACGUGUGUGUGCACCCGGCCGAGCCCGUGCCCGGCCUGCCCGAGCAUCACCCAGGUUACUUGUGUGUCCACCUGGAGAAGGACGAGACUCUGGGCUCUACUCUCAUCCUCACCUGGGUUCCCAACUCACGCAUUCAGAGGCAGGACGAAGAGGCCUUGCGUUACAUCACGCCCGAGAGCUCACCUGUGCGACGCAACCCACGCCGCCGACGUGCCCGCCUGGCACAGCCACGCCCUCCACCCGCACAUGAAGAAGAUGAGGAUGAGGAGGAGACCCCUGAGUCAGGUCUGCAGCAGCAGGAAGAGGGUGAUGAAGGCUCGUGCGAGCUGUCGGCCGACGAGGUGAGCCGCGACAGCACGCUGGGCUCCGACUCGGAUACGUUCUCCUCGCCGUUCUGUCUGUCGCCUGUUAGUGAAGCGCUGGCCGAGAGCACCAGCUCUGUCUUCCUGGACAACGAGAGCAGGGAGAUGUGUGAUGAGUCCAUGACUCACUCUGCAAGCUCCGCCUCCAGUUUGGACAGCCACGCCCUUUCGGAGAGCAGUCAGUCGCAGGGCAUGCGCUGGGAGGAGCAGCAGAAGGUUCUGGCUGUAGAACAGCUGUGUGGUGUGUUUCGAGUGGACCUGGGACACAUGCGGUCCCUACGGCUCUUUUUCAGUGAUGAGGCCUGCACUAGUGGUCAGUUGGUCAUAGCCAGCAGAGAGAGUCAGUACAAGAUCCUGCACUUCCACCAUGCUGGUCUGGACAAACUGGCCGAAGUCUUUCAGCAGUGGAAAUGCUGCAGGGAGACGCAGCUCAAGGACCAGGUGGCGGAUGAGAAGUCGUGCAUGCAGUUCUCCAUCCGCAGACCCACUCUUCCGUCCACGGAGACUCACCCGGAGGAACGUCUCUACCGGAGACUGGAUGUCAGCUCCUGGCUGCGGCACCUGAACCACAACGGUCAAGUGGAGGAGGAGUACAAGCUCAGGAAGGCGAUCUUUUUUGGGGGAAUUGACCCAUCCAUCCGCGGGGAGGUGUGGCCCUUCCUGCUGCACUACUACAGCUACGACUCCACCUCAGAGGAGCGCGAGGCCUGGAGGCUUCAGAAACGCACCGAGUACCAGGAGAUCCAGCAGAGGAGGUUGUCAAUGAGCCCUGAGGAGCACAGUGAGUUCUGGAGGAAGGUGCAGUUUACGGUGGAUAAGGAUGUGGUGAGGACCGACAGGAGCAACAUGUUCUUCAGAGGAGAGAACAACCCUAACGUAGAGAUCAUGAGACGCAUCCUCUUGAACUACGCAGUCUAUAACGCGGAGAUGGGCUACUGCCAGGGAAUGUCUGACCUGGUGGCUCCGCUCUUGACCGAGAUCCAGGACGAGAGCGACACAUUCUGGUGCUUCGUGGGCUUGAUGGAGAACACCAUCUUCAUCAGCUCCCCCAGAGACGAGGAUAUGGAGCGGCAGCUGAUGUAUCUGCGAGAGCUCUUGCGCUUGAUGCUGCCGCGGUUCCACCAGCACCUGAUGCGGCUCGGUGAGGACGGCCUGCAGCUGCUGUUCUGUCAUCGCUGGGUUCUGCUGUGCUUCAAGCGCGAGUUUCCCGACACAGAGGCUCUGCGCAUGUGGGAGGCCUGCUGGGCUCACUACCAGACGGAUUACUUCCACCUCUUUCUGUGCGUGGCCAUCAUUGUUCUCUAUGGCGAUGAUGUCACGGAGCAACAGCUGGCAACAGAUCAGAUGCUGCUGCACUUUAGCAACCUCUCCAUGCACAUGAAUGGAGAACUGGUGCUGAGGAAGGCACGAAGCCUUCUCUAUCAGUUCCGGCUGCUUCCCAGGAUCCCUUGCAGUCUGCAUGACUUGUGUAAGCUGUGCGGGCCUGGCAUGUGGGACAGCCGUUACAUCCCCGCCGUAGAAUGUUCCGGAGAGCAUCCGGACUCGCAGAGCUGCCCCUAUGGAGGCAUGGCCACCCCGCAACCCCCGCCAUCACCAAGCCAGCCUAACGAGGGCAAGCGAGGCUCUAAAAAACGGGACAUCUUUAACUUUCGCAAACAGCCUUGACUCUAGGCUCAAAGCUACACUACCCAUAAUGCCUAGCUCCAGAGGUGCCAUUCAACAGGUAGAUGGGUGGAUGCACACCGCAGUGUAAUUAUUAGUCAUCUAAGAGAUAUUUGAAAGGAUCACUGCCUACUCCAAACACAUAUUUAUGUGUAAUUGAUAUCAGAAUCAGCAUUGAAGGGAAGGCUUUGCUCUCUUUUCUGAACGAAGUGAGGAGACUCGACGAUCAGUGCUGGAUCAAACUUCAUCUGAUAAAUUUCAGGAGACUGGCAACUCAUAAAAAGGAUGGAUUGUGACCUUUGUAAUUGACAAAUCAAAAUAUAUUGGUACUCUUUCUUAUUUUUCUUUCUUUCUUUUUUAGACUGUAUGCAUGUGUGUGAGUGAGAAAUGUUGAAAAAUUGUCUUUGGAGUUUAUUUUAUUAUACAGUUUCUGCAACCAGUGAUCUCACUGCAGUAAUGGGAGCAAUUUGUCCAGUCAAACUAUAGCUGACAUACAGAAGGAUGGGGUUCAUGAUGCAAAAAAGACCCUAUUUAAUCAUUCCAUACCUCACCAUAUAUUGGCAUACAGAGAGUAUAGAUUACAUACAGUAUGAUAUUAUAUAAGUUGUGUUUUUUGUUAACAAAGCAAUAUAUAUAUUUAGAAUUUUUGGACAUAAAAUAUUGGACAUAUUUUAUCACUAAACACAUGAGCAAUACUUCCUGUUCCUAACACUCAAUUGUGCAUGCUUUGUCUUUUAUUAGUACUAAUCAAGCAGUGAUCAGAUAUUUGGCUGGUUACGAUGUAAUGUCAAUCCUACCGUAGUGCCGUCAGUUCUGUGCUUGGACGGUGGUGCCGUUGCCUCAUGUGUUAAAAUCACGACUGUGGCAGAAGGUCUUAAUCCGCUCCAUAAUGCCUCUCAGUGCCGCAGGGGAGAAAAGAGCUCCAGUCCAAACCCAAGUGGGACUUUGUCUAUAAUUACUUAAUCUGGGGACGUUAAGCCGCUGGAUGGAUGGCGUUCGGGUUGCGCGUCUUCGAUGACUGAGUUAGUGGGCCGAAGAUGGCCCGCAACUUAAAGGUUCCCCAGAGUCUGUUUGAGAGCAGCUCAGAGAGCAGCAAGCCGCAAAUUGCCGUUAAAAGGCAACAUUAUUCUGCGGGAGCCGAGCUCAGCCUCUCCACACGCAGCCUCGAUAAAUGCAAUGCAUUAUGGACCCUUUUUAAACCAUUAGGCAUUUGAAAGGGUUUCUCAGAUAUCCAGGAAGGCCAAAGGGACCUUAGCAGGGCUGGGAAAUAAUUGGAAGAUGACAGUGAUGGCUUAUAUGUUUUGGUGUGUGUGUGUGUGUGUUUGCGCGUGAAUAGUUUUGGUUAUGUGAUAGCAAACUAGCUUACUUUGUCGUGCUCUUUUGAAGCUUAAACUUUAACGUACAUACUCAGGGGUGGACAAAUUAUAAAUUCAUUAGCUAGCCCACCAGGCAUGUGGAACCUCCAGUGUGCCGCCCAAUUCCAUGUUUUGGUGCAUAGAAACUUAACUCACAAGACUAAAAAAUGGUAGCUAACAUGAUAUUAUAACCUGUGUCCAGAUCGUUAGCUAGUUAAUUGCAUUAAUACAGACUAAGGGAAAUGAAUGAGUAUAUAAAUUCCCAGUGAGAAGACAACCGUGUAGCCGUAGUGCUUAUACUUUCCUGAUCAAGUUUUUGAUGUAGCACAUCGUGUUUGGACCUCAAAAAAAGAGUUCUCCAAUUUGUUGGUACACAUUUCAGCUAUGAGCUGUGGUGUUCUCUCCUCGCAUCGCAAGUAAAAUGUUAUCCGAGUCUGGCUAGCGUCUUUAUUUUCUUUCCGUAUAUUUAAAUGUGCCGGAACCUGUUGUGCAUGUUGCGCUAGCAGGAGGGUUGUAUAACAGCUUUGUGCUGCACUUAAUUUUGCUCAGUUUCCACAUACCUGUGCAUUCCUGAUUCAUGAAAAAUCAGUCUCCUAUCAGUGCACGCUAAUUAAUCCACCUAGAAAGUAGAAAGUAAAAACCGUUCUACUGUCAGGCACUCAUUUUGAAUCCCACCACCUGCUGAAAUAAACACAUCGGUUGAGCCAGAUUGUGCCUCGCCUGAGUGUGUAGUGCAGCAGGCGGUGGAUUCAGAACAAGUAGCUAAUUAUAGCAUUGAGGUGCGUCACAUCACUGUGAAACACAUUACAUUUAAACGUGAAAUUUGUGUUUUAUAAAAGUAAGGUUUUCUUAUUUUCUUUUUCUGGUUGUUGAAGUUUCUUGUCUGCAGGGCAACUACGAAUAAAAACCGAAUAUCCUGAACAUUAAAUCUGCUUGUUCCAGGCACCUGGGCAAACAUUUUGUCUUCACAUACUUAACAUUUCAUUUAUAACGCUUACAUAGAUGUUUAAUCAGUACAGUCAUGUAAAGCCAGAUUUACAGGUUUGCCAGCUGAUCAGUCGCAUGCUUUUGUCAUUUGUGGUAAGCCACUGUGCAUAGUUAUAAAAAAGAGAGGCGUGGACGUCUGCAACCAUUUAACAAUUCUUGUCAAACCUGACACCUCGUUGAUCUUUUGCUGUUACAUGCAUUGUUAGUCUUAAUUACAUGAAGAGCCAUGCAUGCACACACAUGCAUACAUGAACACACCUGCCUGCUUGACUUAAGUUCACUUUAAACCGUCAAGACGUGCACAUCUGUAACCUGGUGAAAUGUCAUGUAGAUAUGUAGCUAUCUGAUCUCCCUGCCAAACCUUGUUUGCUUUCUCUUUGUAUGAGACUCUAGCUGCCUUUCGUCUUCUAGCUACAGAGAGCCAGACAGAGAGUCCUCGGUGUACUGCGUCCCAUAUGACGCUCAUUAUGCGGCUGAUCGAUUCGGGCCAGUUGCUUUCUGGACAAACAUAUCACAUUAAUGCACGAUCAAAAGAAUGCACCGAUAAUAAAAGACAAAAUAACAAGCCACUUUACAUCCACCUCUGCCUGUAUUCCUGAGCAUGCUGCUCCUUUUAUCUGCAAAAAUAAAGAUAAUGAGGAUAAUGAGUUGUUUUGUAUUGUAUCAGAAUUGCAUGGGGAAAAGGGCAGAAGCUCGGUUGUAUACUGUGUCUGCUGUCUUUUUUUUUUGUGCACCACAGGAUCGAGACUCGUCUGAACUCUCUGUUGUUGAUUAUGUGGUUUAACUGUAAGGCCUGUAGCAGAGAUAGUAGUUUAAAAAAAACAGUUACUUUAAACCCCAAGAUGAUUCAUAUCUCAAAAACAGUUGCAGUGUGUGCAUGCAGUAGCUUAUUUUUCUUUAUUUCUUUAUAAACCUCACCUUUGCACAUGAUGCAUCAGUCAAAGAGAUAGAAUUCUUACAUUUCCCUCUCCCUAUUCCCCUCAGUCUCCAUCUCGUCAUCUUUCUCUCUCUGCAUCUGUCUGUCUAUCUGUCUGUCUUCCCCUUCCUCUCUUUGAGCAGCAGCAUGGGGGUCGUGCGAGCCCCCUGCCGCUGAGAUUGCAUUGCCUGCUGUGCUGUUGGCCCUAAUUAUCAAUUACAGAGGCCAGGCGUCCCCACCUGGAGCAGGCCGAGGUGCUAAUAAGCCUGGACUGCUUCGCCUGUCUCGCCGGUGCGUGUGUGAGUGUAUGUGUGUGUGUGUGAGUGUGUGUCAGCAGGGCUGGACGGGCCUCACCGCUGAGCCGCUAAUGGAUCCUGCACUGUCACACUCGGAGUCUGUAGUCAUCCGGGCCAAACCUUCCUCAUUAACACGCCUCCUCUUGCUGCCCGAUGCUCCACUGCUCAAUUCCGCCAUUACAUUUUCCUACCGUUUUGCAUUAGUAAUACCACGCACGGUGCUUAGCUUAAUCGCAGAAAGACUGUAGGUGUGUAGUAAAGGCGUAUGCAAAUAUGAUUUGUUUGUGUGAGUGAUAAUGACAAAACUGUCAUACCAGAAUCGUAACCUUUGUGGGGAUUUUAGAUUUGAAUGGGCAGCCUAUAAUUUUGUUUCCGUUCCAAAAAAAAAAAAAAAACACUGAUUCUCAGACCCAAGCAGUUUCUGUUCCUCUAAAUACAAUAUCUGAUAUGAUUUCCAUCUUACAACUUGGAAUUUACUGAGAAAUAACAUUAGUCCUAAGCUAGAGCUUGCAGUUCUCCAUAAUAAAUGUGUUUAUGUGUAAAAAAAACCCAUUUAUUAAAAUUGCGCAUGCAGAUUUAAACUCAACAAAGAGAAUUAUUCGUUUGAGUGCCUGAAUGCAUUGUACACUUUCCACCUCUUGCUGACAGUUUUCAGUAAUCAGAGUUGCAGUUGAAAUGUAGCUUUCCUUCUCAGGAUGUGCAGGACAACUGCUUUUCUGUCAUUUCAGGAUUUGCAAAAACAUCAAAAUGCCUUUUUUUUUUUUUUUUUUUUAAAUUUGUGAUAUAAUGCUUAUAGUAUGGUCACAAUACAUUAGAAUGAUGCAUUGCAUAUACAACAAAGUAAAAGAUCUGGCACAUAUCUCCCCAACCUUCUAAUUUUGAUUGUCAAAACGUAUGUAAAACAUGACCGGAAAACCGACCAAGACAUUUGAGUAUGAAAGUGUUAAGGCAUAGUGUUGUAUAAGGCAUGCUUUCAGAUUCCAAAUUUAAUCUUGAAUGUUAUAAAGUGUUACACAAACAUGGUCUGUAUUUCCAGACAGUUCUUCAAUACACCAAUCCAAUUUGCCUCUGCUUAAUUUGUGGCUGGCACAAUCUGCGGGAAAAAAAAUUUGAAUGUACUGUGUGUGUAAUGUGCAUCAGAGCCGUGCAUAAAUCAUAAUGGGGAAAACUGUAUGAGAAGCGAUUAUAUUUAUUUUUGUAAGAUCUAUUGUUAUGAUGAUUACUGUAGAAUUUAGCAAAAAAACUGAUGCAGAUGAAGAACUGAUUGAUGGUUGUAGUGUGACAUCCUUAAUAAAAUGUCUCUUGUGUAAUUCGUAGGUGUCCAAUCCUAUCUGCAAAGGACCAGUGUGUCUGCAGGGUCCCUUUGCGGAUUAGACUGGUCACCUCUGUUGUUAUUUGUUGCCUAUUUUUUUUUUUAUUCUGCUCAUUUUGUGGCAUCAGUUUGUUAUUUUAUGACAGGUUUGUCUGUUUUCAAUCACCGCAGUGGCCAUCUUCCUCAAUCACAACGCAAAGUAGAACCUUUUCACGUUUACACUGACGACUCUGAAUGAUGCACGACAGCGUAAUUGUUUGUACUGUACUGCACCACAGGCCUGUGUCCAAUUCAACAACAUUCUCUAAAAACAGAGGCCUAGGACACAAACACGAGCGAUUGUUGUCACUUUUAUACCUUAUUUGAACCACAUCCUGUAGAUAUCAUUAUUAUUUUGCAAAUAAAACAAUGAAUUAUGCACAUAAGAA